CUGACUAAAUACUUUUCCCCCCCACUGUAGGUAGAUUAUAAGUAUUUCUUGGCAGGCUGAGGUUUAGCCGUUUCUCUCUGCCGUCACUAGUUUAGCCGGUCCUCGCUAUUAAUGUGGCUACUGUUUUGUUUGGCAAGCCAGCCCACACUUGUUUGACUGACACUAUAUCUCCGCUAUUUCAGUAAUGGGACUCGUGCUAUUUGAGUAAUUCAGCAUGUAAACUAUAGUGUCAACUACGAAAUUACAUUCAUAUCAGCAGACUAAUUUAGCUAGAUCAAGUGCGUCUGUGAAGAUAGAAUGGGUUCAUCUUAUCAGUGUCGAGCGUUGGUGGUAUAGUGGUGAGCAUAGCUGCCUUCCAAGCAGUUGACCCGGGUUCGAUUCCCGGCCAACGCAGAUAAUUUUGCCUUAGUUCCUUUUUGAUGGAGGCUACAUUUUGGUACCUGCGUCACAGCUAUAAUAAAUAGGCUCGAUACAAAGGAUUACCAAGCAAACGUACCAAUAAUGUCUCUCAAAUACUAGCUCCAAUCUAAAAACAUCUCCAUCAAGCAAUUAAUUGAACAACACCUUGACUGCUCGUGUUGCACCUUUACUUGCCCCGUUUUAUGCUCCCAUUUGAUUGGGCUUGCCUGUACUUAGUUUCAGAUGUUGUAAAAUAGCUCAAUGGAUGUUUUGAUGCUGAUGCUCCGUUGUGCUCCGCCCCCUCUUGAAACUCUGAGCUGACAGAUACAGCUGACUUCUAUCCUGAGUGCUAGGCACACGCUUCCAUCGCAUGAAGUCAGAGUCUCCUACGCACCAUGGCAUCGGACGAAUUGGCGAGGAAACUGCAGCCCAGGAUGGCCGCAGAGCAGGUUCCCCUAUUCAACCCGUGUGCACCAGAGGAGACCCCGGUGAAACCGAGCGACCCUGUCCCUGAGCCGCAGGAAAAAGAGGUGGUGGUCGUUGUCAAUGAUGCCACAUCGGAACUCACGGCGAAACUCACCCGGAGACUGGACAUCAACGAUGGGAACGCGGCGCCCAAGCAAGCCAAGGUGUUCAACCCUUACACGGAAUUCAAAGAGUUCUCCCGCAAACAGAUCAAAGACAUGGAGAACAUUUUCAAACGUUUUGACGGUGGUAAGGACGGCUUCAUAGACCUGAUGGAGUUGAAGCUGAUGAUGGAGAAGCUGGGAGCGCCUCAGACCCACCUGGGCCUCAAGAACAUGAUCAAGGAGGUGGACGAGGACUUUGAUGGCAAGCUGAGCUAUAGAGAGUUCCUGCUGAUCUUCAGGCGAGCAGCGGCAGGCGAGCUGCAGGAGGAGAGUGGUCUGAUAGCUCUGGCCAGACUGUCUGAGAUAGACGUCUCCACAGAGGGAGUCAUGGGGGCACGGGACUUCUUCGAGGCUAAGGUGCAGGCUCUGAAGGUGGGCAGUAAGUUUGAGGCUGAGAUCCGAGAGGAGCAGGAGGAACAGAAGAGACAGGCGCUGGAUAUGAAACAGAGGCGGGCUGCCUUCAAAGAGCUGCAGUCUGCCUUCUUAUCCUAAUACAGUACACACACACACACACUAAAACACACACACACACAC